AGGGCGGAGGGAGGAACAUGAACAAACUCUUCAAGCUUCAACAUUCUGCGAAGUCACCGAAUGAGUAUUUUGAUUUUGAAUGAGUAUGAAAAAAUUGAAAUUUGAAUCCAGAAUCUAAUUUGAAGAAUUGUUUCUUUCUGAAAUAUCAACUUGGAAGGUCCUUAUUGUCGUAUUCCAGUCCCAGUCUUUUGCGAUUGAAUCAAAAUGUCCAUUUUAGCUUAUAACGGCGGGGCAGUUGUUGCCAUGAAAGGAAAAAAUUGUGUAGCAGUAGCAUCAGAUAAGAGAUUUGGUAUUCAAGCCCAAACACUUUCAGUCAAUUUUCCGAAAAUUUUUGAAAUGUCCCCGCAUUUAUUCGUUGGGUUACCUGGUUUGGCUACAGAUACUCAAACUGUUCAUCAACGAUUGAAAUUCCGUCAAAAUUUGUAUGAAUUGAAAGAAGGACGUCGUAUGUCACCUAAAGCGUUCACUGCUAUGUUAUCUAAUUUGUUAUACGAGAGAAGAUUUGGACCAUAUUUCAUUGAACCAGUUGUGGCUGGUUUGGAUGAAAAUCUCGAACCGUUUAUUGCAGCAAUGGAUGUUAUCGGAUGUAUAACCCAACCAGAUGAUUUUGUUGUUGCUGGUACUUGCGGUAGUCAACUUUAUGGUAUGUGUGAAGUGCUGUAUGAACCGAACUUGGAGCCAGAUGAUUUAUUUGAAACUAUCUCGCAAGCUUUAGUGAACGCUUGUGAUCGUGAUGCCGUAUCUGGAUGGGGAGCCGUUGUGCAUAUAAUUGAGAAAGACAAGAUUACGAUUAAGCACAUAAAAACGAGAAUGGAUUGAAAUAAUUAUUGUUCGGCAAAGAAAUUGGCGUAUUAUGUUAUAAAUUAUCCUUAUAUAUUUUAUAAAAUAAAGAACAUCUUUUUACA